CUCUGGCUUUUCUCCUACGAAGCUCAUCGUUGAUCCUCUCUCGUGUCGCUCCGGAGCUCUCGGAGUCGGAGCGACGACAAAAGAAGAGAAAAAAAAAAAAGUGACAAGUGAAAGAAUGUACAGAGGUGGUUUAGAUAGAUUCAAAAAAGCUCAAUCCAUAGAGCCCUUCUCAGUGGGACUAAAUUCGGCUGCUAAAACUUCUCAGCCCCCGAAAAUAAAUACGACCGCAUGCCCUCCUCCGGUCACAACACCCAAGACACAAAAUUCUCACCCCCCAAACCUUAUUCAGCAACAUCAUAAUGCAGCUUCUAAAGGCUUGGUGUCUGAUGGGGCUGCUCCAGCUCAUCCGGUCACUCAGAUUGGAGGUGGUCAGUCAGUUUGGCAGCCUCCAGAUUGGGCAAUAGAGCCCCGCCCAGGUGUUUAUUAUCUUGAAGUGUUGAAAGAUGGAGAAGUACUUGAUCGGAUCAAUCUGGACAAGCGAAGGCAUAUAUUUGGGAGGCAGAUGGUCACAUGUGACUUUGUGUUAGACCACCAAUCUGUUUCUCGCCAGCAUGCUGCGGUUGUACCCCACAAGAAUGGAAGCAUUUAUGUGAUUGAUUUGGGAUCGGUUCAUGGCACGCUUGUUGCAAAUGAGAGAUUGACAAAAGAUAACCCAGUAGAGCUUGAAGUUGGGCAGUCAUUAAAAUUUGCAGCAUCAACUAGAACUUACAUUCUAAGAAAGAACACUUCUGCCCUUUUUCCAACCCCUGUGCUUCCUGCUGAAGUUAAUUUACCUUCUCCACCAGACCCGUCUGAUGAAGAUGCUGUUGUGGCAUACAAUACAGUUCUCAACCGCUAUGGACUGAGAAAAUCUGAUGUUUCUUCUAAAGGCAACAAUGCUUCAACUAGUGGAUCAGGUGAAAGCCAAGAUAACCAUGAGAUUGAAAGACCUGCCAAGAGAAAUAGAAGAGCAAGGGUGGCAUUUAAAGAUCAGGUUGGUGGGCAAUUGGUUGAAGUAGUUGGGACAUCUGAUGGUGCAGAUAUUGAAACUGAACCUGGUCCAAUCGGAGUAAAAGAGGGUAGUCUUGUUGGAAAAUAUGAAUCUCUUGUCCAGAUUACCGUAAUCCCAAAAGGGAAGGAGCAAUUGCCUUCUUUUAAUGCAGAUAAUUCCUCCCCAAAAGGUGUUACUGAUAAACUACAGCAGGUUUUGAACAAAGUCAAAAGUGUUCCGAGGAGUGGGAUAUAUGAUGAUCUUUACGGGGAUUCCUUUUCUGGAAAGCUGGGUUCAUCGUGGGCAAGCAAAUUCGACGGACAAACAGGUAUAGGGAGUGGUGAUGAAGAUAAGUCUCUUACGACAUCCAGUGAGAAACACAGAGCUGGUUCCUCAGAUGAGAGUGAUGAUUUAUUUGGGGAUUAGAAAUAUUUAAGUUUAUUCACUGCUCAGAUCUUUCGAUAGCUCUUUGGCGCAUUGCAGUUGUUGGAUUCGAUGUUUCUGAGGAAUUUUGUUGUAAUCUCAUUACUCUUAUAGAAAGACUAUAGUGAAAAGGUAUGUCAGCUUUGAUCAGAUUUGUUUGGCUAGUUUUAAGAUGUGAAUUGGCUUUAUUAAUUUUGACUAUUCAAAUGUCAAUCUGCUUAUAAUAUGAUCUGCUAAUUUAUCA